AUGGAGGCGAAAAAAGCGUCUGCUACGCACGAUUUAAGUAUCGUUCCAGACCUCACGUUCGGCUUCGUUGAGAAAUUUGUCAAAAGAGAUAGCCAAAGCCUUGGAGAAAAGGAAAUAUCCAAAGGAUAUAAAUAUUUCUGCGAGAGAUAUGUGACUAACAUUACAACUCACAAUGCUGUGAAUGGAUGUGUAGUGAAGGGGAAAUGCCAUAGAUCCCAGCGCAAGAAUGAAUCGCCUCAUGAUAUCGAGAUUGUUCUGUUAGAUGGACCAUGUGUGGAGAGUAGCCGUUGUUCUUGCACGAUUGGACAGUCGGGACACUGUGGUCAUGUUACUGGUCUCCUAUUCACUCUGGCACAUAUGAAAUCUGCAAACCUGAAAUGCAUUCCAUCUGAUGUUCUGAAGAAUUCCCUUCCCCAGACUUGGCAUGUGCCCCGAGGAGAGAAGAUUUGUGGAAGUUCAGCUGAAAACGUGAUUGUGCAUGGAUACAAUGCCAAGUCAUCUCCUCAACAACCUCGUGGAUUGAGAUCUACUCUGUACAAUCCCAUCAACUCUGUUGUUCCAAAAAUUUCAGAACUGUGUUCUAGAGUCUCUGAAGCUGACAAAACCUGUUUGUUGCUUACAGUUGUGAAUUUGAGUGGUAAAGGUGACUGUGAAUAUACAGAGACAAAAUUUGGUAAAUUUCCAAAAGGAUCCCCAUUAGCAGUGCAACAGAAAUUGUCACCACAUUAUGUACUGAAUAUUUUAGAUGCCAGUGAAUUUCCUCUUCUCCCCGCUGAAAAUCUAAUGGAACAACAACUUCAUAUCAUUCUGGAUGAGAAAAGAACUGGUAGCUUUUCUUCAAUUUUUGUGUCAGAGGAGGAAUGUCAUCAAAUUGAGGAGAUGACACGACUACAAGGAGAGAGUCCGAAGUGGCACGCAAUCCGUAGGGAGAGAAUUACUGCUUCAGUGGCUGGUGAUAUUGUAAAGCGGAGAGCAGCCUAUGAACCUCUAACUGGAAGACUGAAGACAACAAGAAAAGUUGUUACAGAGAGCAUGCGUCAUGGGUUGUCAUUUGAGGCAGUUGCUGCUGACGCCUUUGUUAGACUACUAGAUAACAAUGUCAACAUAUACCCAUGUGGAGUUGUAGUUAGCCCUUAUGCUCCAUGGCUUGCUGCUACACCUGAUCGGAAGGUAUACAACCCCACCAUGAAUCAACCUUACGGCUUGCUUGAGAUCAAGUGCCCUGUAAAACCCUUGUCAGAAUGCAACUACUUGACUAAAGUUGGAGAUGUGUGGAGACUGAAAAAAAAUCAUAAUUACUUCUACCAAGUCAUGAUGCAACUUGCAGUGACUGGUCUAAACUGGUGUUACUUCUUUGUGUGGCUCUGUGAUGAAAAUCACUUGGAGGUUAUCGAGUUUGAUGAGGAGGAGUGGCAAGACAUGAAAAACAAGAUAGAUUCAUUCUAUUUUGAUCACUUUCUUGAAUAAAAGCUUUGUCUUACUUGGAGGUUAUCGAGUUUGAUGAGGAGGAGUGGCAAGACAUGAAAAACAAGAUAGAUUCAUUCUAUUUUGAUCACUUUCUUGAAUAAAAGCUUUGUCUUUUAAACCUCA